GUUGGCUCUGGGCAUGAUCUAUGUUCUCGGGUACAGUGCACAAGGCCCAGGUUGCCCCUCAGGAUAGAAAUCUUCGGACCUACAGAAGUAUAAAGAGUGGCCGCGUUAGAAGGAGGGGCUCUUCAGGAUCACACAUCCCCCAGUCUCCCGCUCGAAAGCACACCAACCACCCACAACCAUGUUCUUCAAGCUCGCCGCCGCGACCUCCACACUCCUCGUCGCCCUCGCCACCCUAUCACGCGCCGCACCCUCCGCGUCCGGCGCCCUCCAGCCCCUCGCGAAGGGCAUUACCUUCGCCGGGAACCUCCCCGUGCGCACCCUCGACGUCGCCGCCGUCCGCGCGUCCAACACUAGCGCCGCGAGCACCACACCUACCAAGGCCCUGCGCGACAUCCUCAAGCGCCAGGAGUUCCCCGCCGACCUUCUGGUGUGCGCGGAGACCGGCUGCGGGGUAUGCGAUGAGUUCAGCUUGGCGGGCCUCGCCGAGGACGAGUGCUUCUUUACCGACUUCUCCGGGAUCUCCGUCGCGAUCUUGCAGCCCAGCGGCCAGGGUCUGCCGUUCGCGGUCGAAAUCGGAGAGUCAGGGUGCCCGUCGCUGACGCAGGUCCCGUCGGUGAACGAGUGCUUCAAUCUCAACGGGUUCACGUUCGACUCGUUCGCCCUGCUCCCGUAGGAUGCGGAAAUUCGAAAAUUUUUCGAGGAGAUUGAACUGUGGGAUAGGAUCGUAUGAAUGUGCAUGUAUUCCAACGGGUGACCGGGUUAUUGUGGUCUGUCGUGAAUGUAAAGGGUUAUCAAUUACCAUUGAUGUGUUGAGCGGGC